AUGUUGAGUGGCAUCCUCCUUUUCAACCAGAAAGGCGAGAACCUCAUCUUCAGAGCGUUUCGUCCUGACUGCCGCCCACGACUGGCAGACAUCUUCCGCAUCCAAGUCAUCUCCAAUGCUCAAGUUCGAUCGCCCAUUCUUACGCUAGGCUCAACUACUUUCAGCCAUGUCAAGCACGAAAACAUCUAUCUCGUGGCGGUCACAAAGAGCAAUGCCAACGCAGCCGUGGUGUUCGAAUUCGUCUACAAAUUCAUUGCGCUGGGAAAGCAAUACUUUGGCAAAUUCGACGAAGAAGCGGUCAAGAAUAAUUUUGUCCUCAUAUACGAGCUUCUUGAUGAAAUUCUCGACUUUGGCUACCCUCAAAACACUGAUAUAGAUGUCCUCAAAAUGUACAUCACCCCGGACAACAUUUCAUCUGCCAUUCGAUCCGUCUCCGCACCUCCGAGCGACACUUCCAAGAUCACAAUGCAAGCCACGGGCGCUCAGUCAUGGAGGAGAGGAGACAUCAAGUAUCGGAAGAACGAGGCAUUUGUGGAUGUCAUAGAGGACGUGAACCUGCUCAUGAGCGCCACCGGAACCGUCCUUCGUGCAGAUGUCACAGGGCAGAUUGUCAUGAGAGCAUACCUGAGUGGAACACCGGAGUGCAAAUUUGGUCUCAACGAUCAGUUGGUAGUGGGCCAGAUUGCGCACGGUGUAGACGGUCCCAUCGGAAAUCAAGAUGGGAGACGCAAGGCCACAAGGGCAGCCGCCGGCUCUGUCACGUUGGAAGAUUGUCAAUUCCACCAGUGUGUCCAGCUCGGCAAGUUUGAGACAGACAGGACGAUAUCCUUUGUUCCGCCCGACGGAGAGUUCGAAUUGAUGCGCUACCGAGCUGUCGAGAACGUUAACCUGCCAUUCAAGGUCCACGCCAUUGUCCGUGAAGUUGGCACCACAAAGGUGGAAUACAGCAUUGCGGUCAAGGCCAAUUAUGGUAGCAAACUGUUCGCGACCAACGUGGUAGUAAGGAUUCCCACCCCACUGAACACUGCCAACAUCACAGAACGGACCACUCAAGGGAAAGCCAAGUACGAACCUGAAAACAACUGCAUCGUAUGGAAGAUAGCACGAUUCGUUGGCGGCAGCGAAUUUGUGCUCAGCGCCGAAGCCCAUCUCACAAGCAUGACGAACCAAAAGGCUUGGUCGCGACCUCCGCUAAGCAUGACUUUCUCUUUACUCAUGUUCACGAGUUCCGGACUGCUGGUGCGGUACUUGAAGGUUUUUGAAAAGAAUAACUACAGCAGCGUCAAAUGGGUCCGCUACAUGACCAAAGCCGGGAGCUAUGAGAUUCGAUUUUGA